AUGGCGGACCAGACGGUUGACGUGCGCGUUCUGUCGCCCUCGCCUGAAGCUGACGGCGGCAUCACCUUCUCUGCCUUGUCCACUUCCACGACGGUUGGCGAGCUCAAAGCCAGGAUCAAGGAUGCGCUGCCGUCCCACCCGGCCCCGGAACGCAUGCGGAUAAUCUACCUAGGAAGAGUAGUGCUGAACGAGUCUGCCCUGGGAACAGUCUUUGGAGAGGUUCAGCAGGGACGCGUCUAUAAUCUUCACAUGGUCCUCAGCGAAGCUCCCACCUCACGAUCCUCCACUGCUCCUCCGACCAACCCCUUUCGUCAAGCUCCCCCCGCGAACAGCGCUUCCAAUGCUCGUAUACCAGUCGCUAAUCGUCCGCAAUCACAACCUCCGCGUGUUGAUCACGCUCCUCCACCAGGCUUUACCACCUUCGCCGCUCCAAAUAUACAACAAGGUGUACCGAUCCAAGGCGCCGCCUUCAUGGAGCAUAUGCACGUCGCACACCAAGCAGCCAUGCGCCAAAUGCAACAAAUGCAGUUGAACAUGAACCAGCGCAGACCACAGGAUGGAGCUCCGCCUGUUGACACUAGCAAUGGCCCGGCUCCUGGGGGUCACUUCCGAUCGGCAUCUCAACCAAUCCAUACCAAUGCGCAGCAUCCGCAGGCGCAGCCAGGUCGCGUCACGAUAACGCAAGGUGGGGUCGGUCCCAACGGAGAGCGUUGGAGUUUCUCAGUGAACAACGGGCCUCUCAUGCUUCCGCAGCAACAACCUCCUUUGGGGCUUCCUCAGCUCCCUGUGAUGAUCGACCAUCGGCCGCCUCUCAGGUUGCCGGACCCACUGACUGUCGUGGAUUCCCAAAGGAUGCUGAAUCAGGUGCACACAAACCUGGAAUCUGCCCAACAGCAGGUUGCCGUUAUCAACAACAUCCUUGCACCGCCCAACGUUUCCAGGGAGGAAGCAUGGAGCCAACCUCCAGCGCAGUUCCAACGUGCUGCUAUUGAGAUUGAGCGCUUGAACAUCUACCUCAACACCAUGGACCAAUUGUUGCACGCUCUUGUCGCCAAUCCAAUUUACUCGCGCAACCGUGAGCUUGUCUCGUUGCAGAUGGACAAUGAGCAUAUGCGCAAUGCUACUCGCCGUCUUAUACGUACCCUCGGUGACCACAUCUCAGCUAGACGGGGAGAGACUCAGGCAACGAGAGACGCACUAGGUUUGGCUAUUGCCUCUCGGACAAACAACGCCACUGCAACCGCAAACAACAACCGGACAGGCCCGGGCUCUGAGACGGCGAACGCAAACGAUGUGUUCUUGCUGUCUUCUCCAAAUGGACCCCACGCGAUCGUGUACUCACCUAACGGGACAUUUACUUCGUCUGGCUCUUCCUUCGGCGACGCGCUGACACAAAACCUAGCCUAUCAGCGUGCACUCAGCGAUGUUGCUCGUCUCAUGGGACCCACGCGCGCUAGCCUUGCAGAUAGGCCGAUGCAGCAUAUGGGACCGCAGCAGAACGCCGCUGCUCUCGGUGCGCCGGUAGGCCUGCGCCCGCCUGUCGGUGAAGCUGCUCGAGAGAAUCCACCCCAGAACCCUGUUCAGAAUCCACUUGUGGCCGGAGCCCAGCCUCAGCUACAACAACAGAUUCUGCAACAACCGAUGCUGCAAGAUAUGAUUCAGCAAAUACCGAUUCAGCGACAACCGAUUCAGCAACAACCAAUUCAGCAACAACCGAUCCUGCAACAGCAGCAGGAGGCCAACCAGUUGCCACUUGCCGCCUUUGCGACGCAUUUUUGGCUUCUGUUACGGAUAUUCGGCAUGCUGUGGUUCUUCAGUGGCGCUGGUUGGCAACGCACAUUCAUGCUUUCACUUUGCGGUCUCGCCAUCUACGUUUUCCAGGCCGGCAUCCUACGCGAGCACAUACUUGGCAACCAAUGGGAUCGCUUGCGUCGCUACUUUGAGAACCUGGUUGGCAUACCGCAUCAGCCACCGCCUCAGGCGAAUGAGGCGAAUGAGGACCCCGCUGUGGAUAUUGCCCGGCGUAGAAGAAGUAGGGCACCAUCUCCCCAGGAAGUGGCACACAGGCUGCUGCACGAACGUCAGCAGCAGCAGAGGACGUGGUUCUGGGAAACGAUCCGUGGGAUAGAGCGCUCUUUGGCGUUGUUCGUGGCAAGUCUGUGGCCCGGUCUCGGCGAAAGGAUGGUUGCUGCGCGGGAGCAGGCUGAGGCGCAGGCGCGAAGGGACGCACAGGAGAUGGAGGAGGCUGAGCGCCGCGAUGCCGAAGCUGAGGCCGAAGUUGAAGCUCAGGCCGAAGUUGAAGCUCAACCCCAACCCCAAGUCCAAGAGCCUCGAGCAGACGAAGGCGACAGCACGGCAACCGAUGAGGCUAGCAAGCAGGAGAGCUCUGGAAAUGACACUCCUACGGCGGUCGAUCCGGACAAGGUUGACAAGGGCAAAGGAAGGGCGGUCGAUGUUGCGGAGGGUAGGUCGUCGUCCUCGGUCAGUCCUGCGGCGAACGGAGAUAACGACGGCGUAGCGACCUCCAGGCAGCGGGAUGGCUGGUCCUUUGAAGACCUGGACUGA